AUGUUUGGCCGUAGCAUACCGGCGUUGGGUGAAUGGGCGAAGGGUUUGAUGGACGGCAACGGCCCCGCUUUCCUGGCUGGCACCAAGGCUCCGAACCUAUCGGAGGCAUCAGCGAACCAGUCCCCGCCGGAUGAUGCUUCUCAACACGAUGUCGAGCCAUAUUCCGGAUUGGCGGGCGCACAAGGUGGAACAUCGGAAAGAGGUCUCUUCGAAUCGAGCUCGUGGGCUGCCUCUAGCGCGGUGCGAUUUGGCGGCUAUUUUUCGCCGUUGGAUCUUCUUUGUGAAGCCUAUAAUAGGUUGUUGUCUCGCAUGGCCUGGCGUGUCUGGCUUUGUUCAGCCUUGCUACCGUUGGCCGAGCAGUCAGUCGGUAAAGUGCGGUGUGGGGAUGGUAUUCUUUGUCCCAUCUUACCGUUAGGAAGACCACAAACCGAAUCACGACGCCGAGCAGGUGGGCAAACCGCGCGCUAUCCUGGAGCAGCCACAAUUGGCCGCCAUGACAACUCCAGCUCUCGCAAUCUGGAGGAUUCUUCAAGUACUUGUCCUUGCAAAGCCCGCUCCCAGCCCAAGUGGAGAAACCAAGCUGGGCAGACUUCAACAUGGCAAGAGCGUCUUGGCAACUUUCGUGAUGGGAUGACAGCGGGAGGUGGGUUCCAGUAUUGA